AUGACACUAAUCAUUCCUAUACGAUUAGCGGUAAGCAUUUGAACAAAUUUUUGAUUUCUUUUCCAAUUUUUUCUGUCGCUUGGGUCUGGAUUUUUUAUUUUUUCUAUUUUUAAGUAUAAGUAUCUCUUCAGUUCGUCUGUGUUUUGUUAUAAUAUGUUCAUUUCUCCCAAAACCUGUUUACAUUCAAAACUUUUUUUAUAUCAUAAACGAAGUCUCUGAAAAAAAAGAAUUUCAUGAAACAAAUCGAGUUUCAAGAACCUAUAUUGUUCAUUUUUCUGUGGUGUUAUGGUAUAGAAACUGAGUAGAUUACUUGGUUUUUAUACUUUUCAAAUCCCUGUCCUUUGCACUACCAAAACACAGAAAAUGGAAAUCGCCCUUUGAGAGAAGCACUGAAAAAUUGCGAUGUUUUUCGGUUCAUGUUAUCUCAAAGUCCGGUUUUGUUUGGGAUUACUAUACCAAUGUGACUGAAAUUUUGGAUUUGUUAAUUUAUUACCAUUAACAUCGCUGUUAUAUGUUCAUUUCCUCUGAUUACAAAGAACGACGCACACAACAACCCUUGAAAAAAGGUCGAAAUUCCUCAUCAAAAGAAACAUUUUUCAUUUCAAGAGAUCAAACAUAAAAUCCCCUUGCAGAUAAAAAAGUCAUGAUUUUCUCUUCUCAUAUUCAUCAAUCUUUAUUAAAUUGCAGAACGAAGAGUUACUGGAACGCGGGCGGAUGUCGAUGCGCGUGCCGCGGAUCAACGUCCGUUACAGCGGCGACGAAGAAGUUUACGAGGCUUGGCAGCCCGAUUUAUCCCCUUUCAUGCGAUUAUUUCCAGGGUCCGCCACGCAUCUUCCGUUCCAAGACCCAAAAACGGUCGCAAAGCCAUCCACACAAUUGCACCGCCUCGCACACUUCGGACGAAGAUUGCGGUGAGCCGGAAGAAAUCUGAGCUGGUCGAAGGAGCAAAGAUUCAGAAUCGGACACUUGUACACACAAUUGCUGCGACGAAUUCGACCGCAUCAAUUUCAAAAGGUCCUGCAGGUGCUCCCUUCACAGCACCUGCAGCUCUUUCGCCUCGAGGAGCAUCAGUACCAGCAGUACUUCUUGUGAAAACGGGGUGAGUUGACUUCUGGAAUUGGAGAGAACUUUUUGAAGAACAAGAAAAGUGAGCUUUCAAAAAAAAAAGCGAUAAUUUCUAAUAAUCAAUUUAUUGUACCUAUUUAAAUACUUUUUAUGUUAUUCUCCUCUUUUGAAAUUUUUUUGCCCCUUCAUUUCGUGGGCUUAUUUUUUUAUUCUUUUUUUGACCACAAAAAGAAAAAAAGAGCGCAAACAAGCUAAAAAGAUUCAGGUUAAGGAUUCUGAGCAUGAAAUCUCAUAAUAUUCGCCUCAUCUAGGCUUUCUCGUUCAAUUUGGUUUUUUUCUUCUUAAUUUAAUUUGUUCGAAAUAUUAAUUUUUUUGAUUCAAAAAUAACAUUGAUAUUCUGAAACUUAGGCCUCAAAAACCUUUCCCUCUUUUUUUCUCAAAAAGUCUUCUAUUUUUUUUGAAAAAAACGAUAAUGUUUGUUAAAUAUGCAAAAUGACCAUCCGAAAGGACUUAUCGGCUCAAUUUGUUGUUUAAACUUUUGAAUUUACAUUUUCCACGUUUUAUUGAAAUGUACUAGUCGCACUGUUUGUUCACGGAUAACAGAAACCUGUCACGGGAGAACUUGUCGUACAACAAUUUUUUUGAUUGUUUGUUCUCUCAAGACUUUCUCUCGAGAUAUGAUUGUGCAACACGCGAAGAUAUCGAAAGAGAAGAAAAACGUGAACGUGGUCUGGUAUCAAACUAGAGAAAAAGGAAGAAAUGAAAAAAAUUGAAUUUUUCGGUAUGGACGUUUUUUUGAAAAAAAUGAAAUGUUAGUCAGCCGUCAAAUUUCCAAGCAAAAUUGAAAAAAAUUUUUGAAAAAAAUUCAUAAUAUCUUUUGAAACUGUGAGGAAAUAAAGCAACUUUUUGCCGAAAAAGUUGACAACUUUUGUUUUUUUCUUUAUAUAUUCUUGCCAUUUUUUUUUCCAUGACUUCAUAGUUUGAUUUUUUUUUUUGGUUGUUUUUUUAGAUCUAAUUUGUGAAAUAUUUUAUCUUUCUAUCCUCUUUGCUAUUAGUUUUUGGUUUUCUGCAUUCGAGACCUGCCUUUUAGAAUGUUUUAGAUGAUAUCUUUCUUUGCGACUAUGAUUUUUUUUUGAAAUUCGGCCAAAAAUUCUUCGUACAAAAAAAAACCAUCAAGGUCUGCCAAAAUAAACCGUUUUGAGCCCUCAUGUCUUGGUUAUUGGGAAAAAAACGAGCAUUAACCAACUUUAAUUGAGUAAUCGAGAAGUCAUUCGGUCACUUACCAAUGAAAUUCUGCAAAAAGGAAAUAAUCGUUAUGUUCCUACUUGACUUAAUGGCGAUGCUGAGUACACUCCGAUUUUCAGAACGUGCUGGCGGAAGCCAUUUGGGACCACGUGGCCGUGUUAGCCGAUGAGUUGCCUUUUGCGGCAGGAGAACUGAUAAACGUUCUUGACUGUACAUCUCAAUCUUCGCUGUGGUACGGGUCCUGCCGCGACAACCAAGGCUGGUUCCCCGCCAGUCAUGUGAAGGUGCCGAUUAUUGAGUGUCCAAGUGGAAUAACACACGAUUUUUGAAGGUUUUGUGCAAUUCCAACGGACACAAACCCAACACCGAGAACGACUUUCACAGUUUUCCACCAGCCAUGCGCAGAUACAGGGCGAAUGUGGUCGAGGAACUGUUGCACACGGAGAGAGAAUACGUCAGAUUGUUAGAAGAUAUCGUGCAUGUGAGUUGUAGAAGCCCCAUCGCGAAAAUAUUCUGUUUGGAGGGGUCGCUUGAAGAAUUUCGAUUCUGUUCUAUUUGUUGGAAUGAUAUCCCAAAAUAGUAAAAAUUCGAUAGCGGUUGACUAAAAAAGACAUCAACAUAUUUUUGAUAACAUACGCAUGUGUCAAGCUUCCUUGACUCCGAAAUUCCUUCAUUUCUAUUGAUUCAAGUUUUCUGAAAGGAAAAGCUAGAAAAUUUGAAUGAAUCUCCGGUGAAUAUCAGAUCUGCCUCUCGAAAUCUCAACAGAAAGAAAUUCACAUUUGAGAAGGCUCAUAAUAUGAUUUCAAAAUCAAAGGACGUUACUAUUCAAUUUUCUGAUCUUUUGGGAGACAACGUAUAAUUUUAGGUUGUCCAAAUUUGAAAAGGAAAUUUUUUUUGAAUUUAUAACUGAGUUUGAUUGAAAAUCGAGUGAUAAUCAAAUGAAUAAUUUUAACGCGUCUGUUUUUUAAUAAACCCAGUUUGUUUUUCCAAACCUUUUGAAAACGAUUUUUGAACGCUCAUCUUGAAACCAAAACAAACAUGAUUAAGAGCGAAAAAAGCGUGGGCAGUUUUUGGUCGGGCGCAAAGAGCGACAGAUACUCCAAAAUGACGUUUUUUCACAUGUGGGAGUGCGAAAAAUGAGAAGAACGCUUUGCAAACAAAACCGGCGUCAUAACAGCUUCUUAAAAGAUAAUGAUGUCACCUUCCAAGUUUGAUAAUGUGACGUCAUGAAAAUACUUUAUCUUAACCUUGGAGAAACAGAUUUACAGUUAGAACAACAAAAAUUGGCAAGCUUUAAUCAAGUGUGAAGAUUUUGUUUUUUUUUCAUCAACAGAAAAUUAAAGAGAUGAUUUAAAUUUUAUUAAAAAGUAAAACAAGACAAGAAACGGGAAAUCAGGGAUAAUUAGUCGUUUAAAGUUUUUUUCCCCUAUUUUUGCAAAGCUUAGAUGAAAGUUCCAACAAAAUUAUUCAGGGCUUCCUGGAACAGACCAAGCGACGGACGGAGAUGUUCAGCUCGACCCUUAUCAAAAACGUCUUUGGAAACAUCCAAUCAAUCUACACAACUCAAUGCAAACUUCUGCGAGACCUCGAAAUGGCCUUGGACCAGCAAAAGCCUGAAAACUCUUGCAUCGGACCGGCUUUCCUGCGAAACGUAUGAUCCGAUAAGUAUUCUAAUCCAAGAAGUUUCCAUUCAGAAGCACGCUUUUGCGAUUUAUUCGGAUUACUGCAACAAUCGGCCGUUGUCCGUCAGCGAGUUGUCACAACUGUCAAGGCACACGAUUUACAGACAGUUCUUUGAGGUGGAACAAGUCUUCGGGAGAAAGUUUUCAAGGUUUUUCAGGCCUGCCGACUUCUCCGUGGGAUGCCAAACUUGUCACUUGAAGCGUUUUUGCUGACGCCAGUUCAACGUAUAUGUCGCUACCCGUUACAUUUAUCCGAGUUGUUGAAGGUGAAUAAGACUUUCACAAGAGCGAAAAUGACUUCAAAAAAGACACUUGAGAUCUGCGCAGGAAAUUAAAAUUUGCCUGAUUGAUUCGAACUAUUACUCUGCGGUCACGUUUAAAAUGAAUGAUAAAAGCCUUGAAAUGAUAAAAAGAUGAAUCUCGAGAUUAUAGCAGUGAAACAUUUUAAUGGCGUUGCAAAAAAAGAAACGAUUUUUUGAUUUUAAUACUUUCAAUUUCACACAUUUUCUUCCGACCGAACUAUUCAGAGAUUGAAGAGCAAUACACAAAGCUCAGGUUAAGAAGAAAGUUCUAAGUACUUUCUUUUGUUUUUUUUCUGCAAACUUUGACUUUUCGGCUCAAAGCGCGAAUCAAGAUCUCUUAAUACUUUUCGACUUUUUUAAGCAUACUUAUUUAUUUUCAGGCCACUCCAAUGACUCACGACGAUUACUCAACCUUGCAAGCGGCCGAAAAAGCAAUGAGAAGCGUCGCAUCUCAGAUAAACGAUCGCAAGCGGAAGAUCGAAGCUCUCCAAGAAAUGAUCAAGUGGCAGAGAAAAGUUCUGCAUUGGAAGGUUUGAGUGUAGUUUGCGCUUUUUUCACCCACAUUCACACAAAUCACGUCAACAAUCGGUGAUCGGCGGUCAGCACGCACUAAACGAGAGUCUUAUCCAUCCUACAGUAAGAGAAGAAAAAGGGGGAGGGAAAAGCUCGAGGUGGUGGUGCGUUUAAAAAAUCGAGUGUUUGCGUUGUAAGCGAUUGUGCGGCCAGUCUCCCGGCUAACUGUAUUCGAUUCGAUGUUGCACUCGCCAAAGUUCUCCUCCUUGUUCGACUUGGCCUGGGAAUAUCGGAAGCUGAAGCAGUUCCGCAAGCAGCAGCAGCAGCAUAUCAAGCUUCUGGGCGAAGCUCGCUGCAGUAGUCAGACCGACCUCGUUCAGGUCUCUUUGGCUUUUUUCGAAAGUUCGCCGUUUUCUAAUGCUUUUUUUUGGCUCCACGAUCAUCUAAAAUUGGAAAAUAACUCUCAAUUUGUCCACUUCUUUGGAUAUUAUGAACAAAUGGACUCUUCAAGUGUAGUUUUUCAUGUUGUUGAAAUAAAGUUAAGAAGAAAAAUACGAUGGUAGUCUCAAAACUAUCAUCAUAUCUCUUUAUUUGACGAUUAUUUCCAUUUUUCAACUGUAAUCUAGUCUCCUCUCACGGAUCGAAGAUCUAUAGCACUCAAGCCGUUCUCGCCUCGCGUUCGAUGGUCUUUCAUACCCUUUUCACAACUUUAGGCGUCUUAUGAAGUUUUUGAGAAUAAUUUUUUCACUUUCCAUUUUUGGGGGUCAUCAGGGUAAUCGAAUUUUUUUCAAAAUCUAAAAAAUGGUUUUCGCUUUUUUUUUUCUGAAUCUCAAAAGUAUAAUAAUUUUUUCGCCUAAACGGAAAUUUGUUUUUCAGGGUCCGGAUCUCGUAGAUAACAACAGUUCACUUCUUCGUUCUGGCCAGCUCUACUGUAGAUGUGUUGUAGAUUCCCAACCUCAGUGGUCAAAAGUAAACAUUUCCCAUUGUUUUAUGGGUUAAAACUCGAAGUUCAGGACGUUGUCUUGUUCCUUUUCGAUCAAGCUAUCGUAAUCUGUAAGAAAGACGUUCUGAAGAAGAACGGAUUUGUCUUCAAAGAGAGGAUGUCUCUUACAACCGCCAGUAUUCAAGAUACACCUGACGGAAAAGGUAAUUUACUUCAUAUUUGAAUACCUUGUGUUUAUUUAUGAGAAAUUUCUUACGGUUUAUAAAUCAAUAGUUCAGUAUCAGGAAAAAUAAUUGAUUUCACAGUAAAUUCAGUCCAAAAUUAUCACUCUUAAGUAAUUUCUAUCUAACUUUUAUUUUAAAAACAGUUUCCAAGCGUCUGAACAAAGUACAAACGCUUCCAUGCACUCCCACUUGACUCUUUUCUCUGUAUUACUCUGGACCAAUGGUCUGCAAACAUGUUCUGUGAACGCACUCAAUAAAUAAAAAGAGCAAUCGUCAACCUAAAUUUAGACCAAUCCUUCGGCGUUAACGUCAAAAACGCGUUCAAAGUCGUCAACGGCAGCAGACAAUAUCUCUUCACAUGUCCAGACAAAAAAGCCAAGGUAAGUAGUAGGAGAAAGGCACUUGAGGAAAAGCUGCAAACUCCUGAUUUUUGCGAGAACGCCAACAACAAAAUGUUAUAAGAUGAUUCUUUUCAGUCAACAUGGCUCUCGGCUUUUUCCAUGCGACAGUCCAUGAGUUUCGCUGCAAGCGCCGAGGAGAAAAGACUUGCGAUCGCAACUCUCAACGCCUCACAUUUCAUUUGA